GCAGCGGGGGUGGGGGUGGGGGGCUCCAGGCACGCCACCGCCGCUUCUCUGGCGCCGUGGGCUGGUGCUGCCGGUACGGGUCGGGGCGGAGAAAGUGGAGCAGCCCCGCCUGGCAAGAGGCCACCUGACAGCUGUGAACUGAACCCGCGGCAAGGGCGGGUCAGAGGGAAGGCAGCGAAGCCCAAGGUCAUACCCUGACCACAGCUGCCCCUCAGGGGACUGGCCUGGAGCCAAAGUCAGGUCAUCAGGCUGUUUGUCAAGGGUGGAGCCUCAGCUACUUGCCACUUUUCCUCAUGAGCCCUGCCUGGGUGUCCACCUGGCACUCCCACGGCCACGUCUGUUCGUCUCAGAGCAGCCCAACCCGGAGGCCUGGGCUUCAGAGAGAGCUCCAGGAGAGCUCAGUCCCGUGUGCUGCCUCCCCGACCCCAGGCGUGGAAGCGGAUGCAAGGCUUCCUUCUGGUUCUGCAAAGACUUGAAGAAAUUGACAAACCCGGAUGGCUACCCCUGACAGGAGAAUGGUCUCUAGACCCCAGAGACCUGGAAAGGGUCCAAAGGAAAGCGGGGCCUGCCCGAGUCCCCUGGACAACCUGGAGUGUAAGGAGACCCAGGAGCUGGCACCGGUAGAGCUGGCCAUGCUGAGCAAGGCACAGGAAUUCUUUCAGACCUGUGACACAGAAGGCAAGGGGUUCAUCGCCAGGAGGGAUAUGCAGAGGCUCCAUGAGGAGUUACCACUCAGCCUGGAGGAACUGGAGCAUGUGUUUGACGCCCUGGAUGCUGAUGGCAAUGGCUUUCUGACGCCAGAGGAAUUCACCACUGGAUUUAGCCACUUCUUCUUCAGCCAGAAUAAGCCAGGUCAGGAAGAUGCAGGCGAGCAGGUUGAACGGCUCCAGGAAGAGAAGGUAUAUCAUCAGUCCAGAGGGGAAGAACAUGCGGGCGGCAUGGAUGAAGAUGAGGAGACUCAGUUCCAAACACUGAUGGACAAACUUGGAGCCCAGAAGGUUUCCGAGGAUGAAAGUGAUAUCAAGCAAGUCUGGCUGCAGCUGAAGAAGGACGAGCCUCACUUACUGUCCAACUUCGAGGACUUCCUGACCAGGACCUUCUCUCAGCUCCAGGAAGCUCAUGAAGAGAAGAAUGAACUGGAGUGCGCCCUGAAAAAGAAAAUUGCUGCUUAUGAUGAAGAAAUCCAGCAUCUCUACGAGGAGAUGGAACAACAAAUCAAGCAUGAGAAGGAGCAGUUUCUCCUGAAAGAUAUGGAGAGGUUUCAGGCCCGCAGUCAGGAGCUGGAGCACAAGCUGUUAUCCAAGGAGCAGGAGCUGGAGCAGCUCAUCCAGAAGCAGCAGCAGCUGGAAGGCCAGUGCACCACCCUGCAAAAUGAUGAGCAUGAAACCAAGGCUGAGAACACCAAGCUGAGAGUCACAAACCAGGAGCUGGCCCGGGAGCUGGAGCGGACCUCCCGGGAGCUGCAGGAUGCCCGGAAACAGCUGGAGAGCCUCCAGCAAGAGGCCCACCAACUCCACCAGGAGAAGGAGAUGGAAGUGUACCGUGUGACGGAGAGUCUGCAGCGUGAGAAGUCGGGGCUUCUGAAACAGCUGGAUCUCCUGAGGGAAAGGAACAAGCACCUUCGGGAUGAACGGGACAUCUGUUUUCAGAAAGAUAAGGCAGCCAAGGCAAACACAGCUGCUUCCAAGGCAAACUGGAAACAGAGAUCUGGCUCUGUGAUAGGCAAAUACAUGGAUGGCAGAGGGAUUCUUAGGAGCCAGUCAGAGGAGGAAGAAGAUGUAUUUGGCUUCUCGAGAAGGAGAAGCUCCCUGGGCCUGAGUGGAUAUCCCCUUCAAGAAGAGGAGCCAGGACCUGGGGGUCCGCUCACCCGGGCAUUCCGCAGAAUCAUCUCUAUUGAAGAAGACCCCUUGCCCCAGCUCCUGGAUGGUGGCUUUGAGCAGCCACUGAGCAAAUGCCCAGAAGAGGAAAAGGUCUCCCAACAGAGGGUGGAAGGACAAAGCCAACAGGCCAGACCUUUGGAACGCAUGCCUACAUCUCCUCGAGGGCAACCUAUUGGAAAAGAAGACCUGUCUAAGACUGUCUGCCAUCCACAGGAGGAAGUCUCUCCCUCCAUCCCAGACCGGCUCUUCAAAAUUGUGUUAGUGGGCAACUCGGCCGUGGGGAAGACAUCUUUCCUGAGGAGGUUCUGUGAGGACCGGUUUGCCCCAGGCCUGGCAGCCACUGUAGGCAUCGAUUACCAGGUGAAGAUGGUGCAUGUGGAUGGCUCGUACGUGGCCCUGCAGCUGUGGGACACGGCCGGGCAGGAGAGGUAUUGCUGUAUCACCCAGCAGUUCUUCAGGAAGGCCGAUGGCGUCAUCGUCAUGUAUGAUCUCACAGCCAGACAGUCAUUCCUGUCGGUCCGGCAGUGGCUGAGCAGCGUGGAGGAAGCUGUGGGAGACCGCAUUCCUGUUCUUCUGCUGGGCAAUAAAAUUGACAAUGAGAAAGAGCGGGAAGUUCCCCGAGGCCUUGGAGAGAAGCUUGCCAAGGAGAACAAUCUGAUCUUCUAUGAAUGCAGUGCCUAUUCCGGUCACAACACCAAAGAGUCCCUACUUCAUCUAGCCAGGAUCCUCAAGAAACAAGAAGAUACAGCAAGAGAGGACACCAUACAGGUUGACCGCUCUGCCAAAAAGAAAUCGUGCUGUGGCUGAUAGGAGUCCUCCUAGGACUGUUCCACCCAGGCCUGGGGUCCUAGGACCUACCCUGAAUCCUGCACAUAGGCUCCCACUUGGAUGCCUCCACCAUAACCCGCCCAAACCUUUGUCUGUGUCAGUGACUUGCCUCCACCAACAGGAGGGGAAGCACAUCUAGUCAGGAAAGCUGCUCUUGGAGCAUUUUGAAAUCUUCUCUCUCUUCUCUCUCUAGACCCCAGAUGCCCAUUUUCCCCCCAGCUUGGAUUUGUGGGGAAAAGAAGCAGAUGGGAUUUUCCCGAAAAAUCACCACAUGCCUUCUCCACCUCCCUUCUGCUCCCCUUGCCCUUUGGAGCUGCAGCACUGUGGUUGCCAUGGCAACUGUGCAGGGCAGACUUGCUGCUUCCUGUAGGCCAAAGAUAAAGCACUUGGGCAGGGCCAGGGUGGUUGGUCUUCCCUUGGCUCCUUGGGACAUCAAUGGGAUGCUCUUGGCAUAUGCUUCGUGGACCUUGAGAUGCCCACACAGGUUGAGAAAAGCAAGCCAGGGCACCCACAUUCUAUUCCACACCCCACCUCCAGGGGCCCUGCUUCUUGCCAGGCUGCAGAAACCAGCCUCUAAGCAGCCAGCAUGUCUACUGUAUUUGUUCCCUUGGGGUCUCGGGAAGAGUGCCUUACAAGAAACCCACAGCCUUUUCUCUCAACCACCCACCCAUGACCCUGACUCCAGGGUGGACUGCGGGUGAUUUAAGUAUUAAGUGUGUGCCCAUGAUUAGGGAGAGGGCUUCCUUCCUACUUAACUUUCACUAAGAGAUGAAAAGAAAAUUAGGGGGAAAAACCCAUCUGCUGCUAAACAGAGCGACCAUUUCUGGAGUAUAAAUAAGGUAUACAUAGCUCUGUGAAAGCCAUUUUCCAAUGUUUCUCAAAAUAGCUCUUCGGAAAAUUGUACAUGAUGAUUAAUGGGAUAGAUUGACAUGCAGGCAGUGAGACCCAGCACCAGGUCCACAGUUACUGACUUCAUUUUAUUUUAUUUUAUUUUUCCAGAGGACUGUAUUACAAAAAAGAAAGUGAGGCCGUGGUGUUGACAUAUAGCUGGUGUUUAAGAAGUAAGCAGAGUAUAGCUAUAGGCUUCAGUAUCCCUGUGACUCUACCAGCACAGGGCACUCACAUUGAGGGGAAUGAUCUGGGCCCAUGUAUUGUUCCUUUGUCUGGGUAGUGGUGAGUUUCCAGCCCCAGCAGUGCUCCAGCAUCACUGGGGUGGAGGGUGCUGGUAAAGGCAUUCUCGCCCUGGGUGGGGAGCUUGGGUGAAAAGAUCAUAAAGAUCACUGCAUAUUACUGCUCUAGGGCUGCAGGCCCAGCCCCACAGGGAAGUGAGUGGUACCCACACCCAAUCAGAACAUGUAAGAAUAGAGAGGAGCAGAAAGUGUCCACAGGCCCCCAAGAAGAUUCAAGACAACUGUGCACAGCCAGCCAGGCAGAAGAGAAUCCUCUGGUCAGAGUUCCCUGUAGCCUCCACCCCAGAUUCCUAAAAGCAUCAGUGCCCUGUGGGUCACCAGGCAAGUGCCUGCCUCCUUUUCGUAGGCUUUUCUUUCCCCCAUUUAGUGCUUGGAGGCACCAGGGAGCCCACGGAGGGUAUAGAACAAAAGCCAGCACUAAGUACCAGGAGGUGCCCCAUGGUCUUGGGCAAGUCAGCUCCCUGCCGGGGCCCCCUUCCCAUCAGUAAAAUGAAGCGUGGGCUAUUCGACACUUCUGGCUCUUCCUGCUCAGAAUGCUUAUGAUGACAGUAGGGGCUCUGGCCCCUAGUCCAAAUUUGAAGGGAACUCACAGGAAAUUCCUUUCUCUAAGAGAGGGCACUGGUGAUGGUCUCAUUAGUGGGAUGCAGGGGAUCACCCAGAAGUAGCCCUCCGAUAUCUGUGUGGGUGUGUGUUGCUGUGUGAUUAUAUGUUAUGGGGAGGGUGCAGAAAGAGGGUAGGGAUAGCCAUAAAGAAAGCAAACCAACUCUCCUGCUUCUGAAAACAAAAAAGCAGAGAUGGCAACUGGAAUUUAUGGGUCAGGCAGGCUAUACCUGGAGUUGCCCAGCCCACACAUGCUCUUAUCCCCUAUACCUAGUCCCUGGUUUGGGGCUGCAUUUGUCCACUUCAGAAAAGUGCAUCUAGGGGUUACAGCAGGGUGGAGUGAUCCUAGUGCUGACCCACCAGGUAAACCCCCACAAAUCCUCAAAGGUCCAGGCAGAAAGAAGAGAGUAGGAAAGGUCUUUAGGCCCCUGCUGCUUCUUUUUCCAACUCCACUUGAGACAACUAUGCAUGAUGGCACCUCAGAGAGACUCUGAGAAAUUCUGUGUCCCCAGAUCAGAGCAUCCCCCCUUUCCCCAUUCCUUUUAAGCUGUCAUGGUGAUCAAAGACACCCCGGUGGCUGUGAGCCUGUCCCAGGGCCUGGCAGAGUGCUGUCGGGGAAACCUCUGGUUCCAUCCUAUUUUCAUUGCUAAAAUGGCCUUGAGCAAGUCACCUGAACAGGUUUCAUGUUUAGCUGUAGGUUGGAGGUUUCAAUGUCUACUUUCCAUGGAUAUUUUAAGUAUUAAACGAGGCAAUGAAUGUGAAAUACUUAACGCAGUGCCCAGCACAUAAUAGGUACUAACAAGUACGGGCUAUUAUUGUUGUCAACAUUGAGUCACUGCCCAGGCCAUCAUUAGCCUUGCCCUAAUUUCAGAUUUAGAACCAGCUAACACUAAUCAUGUACCCAUAAGUGAGGGCUUUCACAAAUACUACCUCAUUUGAGUACCCAAUUGCCCUGCUCAUUUGCCUGGCUUAUGAGCUUGUUUUCAGUAUUGCCUCUUGGCCCUGAUCUUUUUUGUUCCUGUGGGUUUCCUGGCUUUCCAAACACCCAUAUCUUACCAGUGUCUGUGGUCUGGUUUCAGCCCACAGUCCAUUCUGCUUCCCUCCCUGUGGUUCUCCAGGACUCAGACAGCAGCUCAGACCUGGUGCCAGGGUGUUUACCUAAGAAUGACCUGUGCUCAUCACAAUCCUUGGCCCCACAUUUUUCUCCCCUGUUCUGACUCCUUGUGCUCCUUCUGGUAUCUGCUGCUGCCCUCAGCCCCAAGUUGUCCCCAAGAACUUCAGCACCAAACCAAAGCCCUAGUUAUUUUGCUGCUUGUCUAGCAUUUGUCUUUCUUGACAGUCCCUGAAGUCUUUUCUGAUCCUCCGUGAUACACUAGCUUUCUUGCACCUCUCCCCAUCCUGUACUUUUCCUCUGUUCUUAACAUUUCCACCCAAUCUUGGACUCCCCUUUUCCCUACUCUCCACACCCUGGGCCCACUCCAGGCCAUAACUGUAUGUUCAAUCAAAAAUAGCUCAACCUUUUGUCUCUGUCACUAGCAGUCAAUGCUCUAAAGGAGCUUGAACCAAUUUCAGCUAAGAUAUUAAUGCAAUUGGUGGUUUAAGGGCUAUGUAUAUACUUUAACAAAAAAUUAAAGGAGGCAAAACUUUAUCUCAAGGAAAUAAAUUCAUAAUGGUCAUGGGGGUCAAAGAUUUAAGACAGAACUGCCUUCCCCUAACACAGUUUGCUUCAACCUAUUUCUAGGUUCAUAUAGGUUUAUAAUUGUUACAUCUUCUUUAUGAAUUGACCCUUUAUCAUUAUAAGGUGUCUUUCUUGCCUUUAGUAACAAUUUUUGUCUUAAAGUCUAUUUUGUCUGAUAUCAGUAUAGCCACACCAGCUCUCACUUUCUGCCUAUUUAUGCUUUUAAAUCUAAACUAAGUCUCUUGUAGACA